CCCAACAUUAUUAACAACAACAAAGGAUGAUGAAUAUUUGAAGUUUCAAACUUACUUUGUGCUUCAUGUUCACACUCGACGGCAGUAUUUUCCGUCUCUGCUGCCUCGGUAUGGUCAUAGCAACGUUACAAAUGCAGUUAAAAUGGGAAUGAACGAGCCAGCCAAAAGCUGCUAAACGUGAAGGUGGAGGGUCUGCCUUCUUGAUAUUAAAAUGAUUCGCAUUGCAGCAUUGAAUGCUGCUGCAACAGCGGCAGAUGAGUCCCAAGACCCCUUGAGAAGUAACAAAAGUCAGACAAAAGAGGCUCAGGAAGCAGAGGCGUUCGCUUUAUACCACAAAGCCUUAGAUCUUCAAAAACAUGACAAGUUUGAGGAGUCUGCCAAGGCUUACCAUGAGCUUCUCAAAACUCCACUGCUCAAAGAGGCCAUGCCCUCAGAGGAUCAGAGAGUGGGUCUCAAACAUCCCGGGCUGAUGUUGAAGUAUUCUACAUUUAAAAACUUGGCCACUAUGGCAGCAUUACGGGAAGACCUGGAGACAGCUAUGGAGUUUUACUUGGAGGCAGUUAUGUUGGAUUCCACAGAUGUGAACAUGUGGUACAAAAUUGGCCAGGUGGCUGUAAGACUGGUGCGCAUUCCUCUGGCUCGACAUGCCUUUGAGGAGGGAUUGCACUGUAACUCGGACCACUGGCCUUGCCUGGACAACCUCAUAACUAUUCUCUACACGCUCAGUGACUACACCUGCUGUUUGUACUUCAUCAGCAAAGCCCUCGAGAAGGAUCAUUGCUACACUAAAGGUCUGGUGUUGAAGGAGAAAAUCUUUGAGGAGCAGCCCUGUCUGAAGAGGGACACAAUGCAGAUGUUCAUGAAAUGCGAUAUGUCUAUUCACUAUGUGGAAGUGGAGGAAGAGGAACGCAAAUCCAUUGUGGAAGAGGCACUGGAUAUACGGAAACGCAGACAGGCUCUCUCUUAUUGUGAGCCAAAACCUGACCUUGUCCUGAUUCAGCCCAUCCGCUGCCUCUCGUGGAAGCAUGUGGGUGAAAGUCUCAAUGCAAUGUACAAACAUCAGACCACAUGUGAGCCACCGCGGCCGAGCCUUGGUCGCAGGAUUGACUUAUCGGAGUACCGUGACCCCAACUGCCUUCAAAACUUGCCCCAACCCAGCAGCCCCGUCAGUACAGUCCAGACCACCGUGCUAAGCAGCAGCCCCAGCUCAUCCCUGCCGCCAACUGCCCUUACUGAGCCAACAGUGCUGCCUCAGCCCAGCACACAACCUCAGGUGACCACCAGCCAGACCACUGUGGAAGUCACCACAUCUGCUCACCCUGUUGCUACAGCCAUGGAAGUUUCACUGACGGACAAAGUGAAGAAAGCUCCAAAAAGGAAACGUGCAAUUGAAGAUAGCGGGGAGACAGCCAAGCGACGCUCUGCUCGUGUUCGAAACACUAAAUGCAAGAAAGAAGAGAAGAUUGAUUUUCAGGAACUGCUUUAUAAAUAUCUACCUUCCAGGCUAAAGAAGUUUGAUCCUGAUAAUGAUGAUGAGAGUCUGAGUAAUCUUGAAACACAGUGUAAUGGGAAGGAAGACAAACAGCCACUACAUGGGAAUUGUUUACCUGUUGACGCAGUUGAAUACAUGGAGUCUGAACAACAGGAUGUUCAUAACUUCUUGCUCAAUAAUAUGAGCAAUGGUGGUAUACUGGACCUGAUGAUGCGCUAUCUGAAGGCAGUGGGUCAAAAAUUCAUGGAAGACUGGCCUCGAGGGCUCACGGCUGUGGUAAUGGAGCUCUAUCAGAACUGGAGGAAGCACAGCAGUGGUCUUCCUAACCCUUUGCUUCGGGACUGCAGCAACCAGCACAUACGGGGCAUGUUGACAAUGAGCUUGGCCUGUAUGGAGUUGCAGUUGGAGCAGUGGUUGCACAACAAAGGGAAGACUGUGUCUCCAAGAAGAAGCAGCAUUUGUCCUGCCAGUGACGCAGCUGACUCAGAAUUCCCCGGGCAGCAUUUUCAGAGUGAUUUGUUGCUCCUCGCCUUAGGUUCAUCCCAAAAAGACCUGUUUGAGGAUGACUGGCUGGAUGUUAUGGUGCGUGUCUACUGGCUAAAGGCACGAUUCUUGGCCCUGCAGGGAGACAUGGAGUUGGCCCUGGAGAGCUAUGAUGUUUGCACAGGCCUGUUGCAGAGCAAACCAAAGGACCCCGAAGGGAAAUAUUACACCAUCAAUCUGCCUAACUUACGUGUAGAUUCAGCCAUCUCUGUGGAGGAGGUUGACAAAAGGCUGAAGUCUCUGGAGCGUUGUCAGUCUUUGGAAGAGAUCCAGCGUCUCUUUGAGUCUGCAGACUUUGAGUCUGUUGUGCGCUUGCUGCAGCCCACUCUUAAUUACGGCAGCAGGAGUAAACCUCUGGAGUUUGUGAGCUCAGCACCAGAGCGGCCUGCUCAGCUGAUGCUACUGCAGAAUUCACUCUUGAAGCUAGAGGACUACCAGCAGUGUCUGGAGUACAGCGAGCUGGCUCUAAAUGAAGCCCUGCAGCAGCUCAACUCUGCUCCAACCAGCUCUCCCCCUGCAAAGGAAGAGUGGGUCAGCACCAUUGGAAAGCUGUUGGAUGGCAUUGAGGUCUGCUUCACCAAAGACUUGGAGCUUCUAAGCAAUGUCCCCCACUUCUCUAGUAUGGCUCGACUGGCUAACAACCUAAUUCAGCUGAUCGAUCUUAGUAUGAACAUUUCCGACGAUCCCAAGGAGCCUUAUUUUUUCUCUGUGCUGCCUUGGAUUAUCCUGUAUCGCAUUAUCAAGCAUGAAGAAGCUGCUUUUAACUGUAUGCUGCGGCAGCAUAUAUCUAUAGGGGACGAUGAAGAUGACUCAGACACUCCUAUGCUGCCCUCCUCCCUGAUGCUUCUGAACACAGCCCAUGAGUAUCUUGGCCGGCGCUCCUUGUGCUGCAAUUCAGACGGCGCACUCCUCAAGUUUUAUGUUCGAGUUUUAGAAAAAGAGCUUGCAGCCUCUUCCAACAAUGACUGUCAUCCCUACAAAGAGGAGCUGGAGAUGGCCUUGGAGCAGUGCCUUUUCUGCUUAUAUGCCUAUCCCAGUAAGAAGAGCAAGGCCCGCUUCCUCGAGGAUCACUCAUCCCCACAGGUGGCGCUUCUGUGGAGUGAUGCCCUUUUCAUGUUUCAGUACUUCAAACCAAAGUCAUUGCCUGAGUUUGACAGUUAUAAGACGAGCACAGUGUCUGCGGACUUGGCCAAUCUGCUGAGGAGGUUUGCUGGCAUCGCACCCUCAAGUGACACACCCACCCUCAGCAUGGAUGAAGUGGCAGCCUACAUCGAGAGCAUGACAACAAAGGCGCCAUGCCUUCCUGAAGGUAGUGCUCCUGCACCUCCAAUCAUUAAUGAGAUCUACUAUCUGCUGGCUGAUUACCACUUCAAGAACAAGGAACAGUCCAAAGCCAUCAAGUUUUAUAUGCACGACAUCUGUGUGUGUCCCAACAGGUUUGAUUCCUGGGCUGGUAUGGCUUUAGCUAGGGCCAGCAGAAUCCAGGAGAAGCUCAACUCCAAUGAGCUGAAAAGUGAUGUACCCAUAUGGAAGCACUCCCAGGCAGUGCUUAACUGCUUUAAGAGGGCCCUGGAGAUAGAUGCCUCUAACCUGUCUCUGUGGAUCGAGUAUGGUACCAUAUCAUAUGCUCUUCACUCGUUUGCUUCACGGCAGCUAAAGCAGUGGCGCAAUGAACUCCCCCCAGAGGUGGUUAAACAGAUGGAGGAAAGGAGAGACACCAUGUUAGAGACAGCAUCCCAGUGUUUCCAGGGGGCUUCCCGUUGUGAGGGUGACAGUGAUGAAGAAGAGUGGCUCAUUCACUAUAUGUUGGGCAAAAUAGCAGAGAAACGCAAACAGCCUCCAGUGGAAUAUCUGCAGCUUUACAAAAAGGCAGCACACUAUCUGCAUGAAGAAGCUGCCAGGUACCCCCGGAAAAUCCAUUACCAUAAUCCUCCUGACCUGGCUAUGGAGGCCCUGGAGUUGCAUUUCCGUCUCAGUGCCACCAUCCUAAAACUGCUAGAGGCUAAUGUACCUGAUCUGGAACACGAGCCGUUGUUCAGUAUGCUAGUUGAGGCUGCUACAGGGCCUUUCGCUCGAGGGGAAGAGAAGAGCAUGCCGAGCAUUCCCAGGUCUCAUGAAAAGGAGAAACCCACCUCCAUGAUGGACGAAGACUUUAACUGCUCGUCGGUUUGCAUAGGGAACGUCCACAGCUCCUCUCUCCCGUCAGUCGCCACCCCAGGUCUGACAUCACCUCCUUACGUGGCCACGCCGUUUGACCACGAUUACGCCAAACGCAAAACACUCCGACGGCAGCAGUGGCAGCAGCAGCGGCAUGAGGAGCAGCAGGCUGAUGCCUCACCCGAGUUUGACCAUGAUUACUGCCUGCCCAGGUCUCCAAUGUGGCUGGCUUCCCUGAAUGAGCGCAGUCAGGACAGUGAGGUGGUGAUGCUCUCUGACUCCAACUCCACACAGGAUGCCUUCACAGAUCCCACCAGCUCACAAGACAGCAGCCACAAACCUGCCUCUGGUAAAGCCAGUUCAUCAUCAUCAGAAAGCACAACACCUGUGAAGGAAGGGCAGCCAGCAUCUGAGGACACAGCAUCACAUGGAGAACAUACUGGCAUCCAGACAGAAGAGAAGAUUAUCCAUGAAGUAGUAGACACCGUGGUGGUGACACUCCCCGAGACUUCAGCCCCCAAAGUCUCUGCAGAUCCCUGUCCUCACCCUCUGUCCGUCCCAGCCACCCCUCCAAAGCAAGCCUCCUCUCAACACGCCACUCCUCAAACCCCAGUCACUGAAGGCAAGAGGAAGCCAGAACCCCCCCUUGAGGUGAUCGAGGUGCCCAAGGCCCUGCCUGCAGAACAUGCUGACCAGAGGCGAAUGCUGGUGGAAAUGUGCAGGAGCGCUCUCUUCCUCUGCCUCAGCCGUUUCCCUCAGCACUACAAGAGUCUUUACCGCCUGGCCUUCUUCUACACCAAUAGCAAGACCCAUCAGAACCUACAGUGGGCCCGAGAUGUGUUGCUAGGAAGCAGUGUCCCAUGGCAACAGCUGAAGCACAUGCCAGCCCAAGGACUUUUCUGUGAAAGAAACAAGACGAACCUGUUCAAUGGCAUCUGGCGUAUUCCAGUAGAUGAGAUUGAUCGCCCAGGAAGUUUUGCAUCUCAUAUGAACCGAUCCAUUGUACUCUUGCUGGAGGUGCUGUCUCAGCUUAAGGAUCACGAUACUCUGCUGAAAGUCUCUUUCAUGCUACAGAGAACCCCUGACCAGGGAAAGAAGUAUUUACGGGAUGUUGAUCGCCAGGUUUUGGCCAAGAGAGCAUUUUUCCUAAAUGUAAAAGUCCUGGAGGACAAUCUGAACAGUCUCACGGGGGUGUCUGAGCAGCUUCCCAAAGCGCCUGCGCCCUCCAUGGGGGAGAUGACCACAACAGACGCAUCCAACAGGCCCAGUUCAGAGGACAGUAAACAUGCGCUGCCUAAGAAGCCUGAGCUCACAGAGGGAGCGUGUGCAACCGACACAGGGCCCAGGGAAGCCUCACAGGCUCAGCUCUCCCAGCCUCCACCAUCUACAGAUAAAGGUAGUAAGACUCUAGAGAGCUACCCUGGGAAGGUAGAGGCUACUGGGAGCGAGGGGCACAGGACAGGGCCAGAGGAGCCCAUGGAGCUGGACACCGGCCACUGGAGGAGGCCCUCUACGACCACAGAUUCUCAGGGCAACCAAACAGAAACUGAGACCUCCCUGAGUAUCGUGGAGCCCCAGCAGAAAGUGACUGACAUCAGCCGGACCCCAGAGCUGUCUUUGGAGGAGCUAAGUAUUAGUUCCAGGCAGCAGCAGCUCCAAGCCUCAGCGACUAAGGUCACUGUAGCAACCAGCGGGACUGAUCAGGGCUUACUACGAAGGCCCAAUAGAAAAAGGAAGCUUCUAGAAGAUGUGGAGUCUGGAAAAACCCUACUGCUUGAUGCGUACAGAGUGUGGCAGCAAGGCCAAAAAGUGAUGACCUACGACCUGGGCCGCAUUGAGAAGAUCAUGUCAGAAACAUAUAUGCUCAUAAAACAGGUUGAUGAGGAUGUAGCUCUGGACCAAGCUGUGAAGUUCUGCCAGAUACAGUUGGCCACUUCUGCCGCAAGACAGUCUGCCGGCGAUGCCCCGACCACGCCCAAGUACUCCAAGGAUCACCGAGACAUCUUCUUCCCCGGCUCCCUGCCCACUCCGGUCCUGCUCAGCCACACCGCCUGCCACCCGCUGUCCACCCAGGACGGCCAAGCCAAAGUGGUGUACGAACCCCUGAGCAAGCUGUCCAGACCUCAAGCCUCGGGCUUCCACGAUCAGCCACAACACAGAAGAACAGCUAGCCACCCUGCCACAGCGAUGCCCUUCCUACCACACACAGAGGAGCGGGAAGAGCCUUCAGAGGGACUCUUGUACAGACAGCAGGAGUCACACCUUUGUCAACAGAUGAAACACGCAACAGUGUCCCAAGGGCAAGAACCCGCAGCAGGCUGGUUCCAGGAGGAAACCGCCACAUGUAGCACCGCACAACCAUGCCCAGACCAGCAGCAGUAUGCCAGCAAUGAGCAGUCAAAGCUUCCAGACCCCAACCGAAUCCGCUCCCGUGUGCCCCCCAACAUGCCAAAGCUUUUCAUCCCUUCCACCGUUACGAAGUUCCCGCCAGAAAUCACAGUAACACCUCCGACACCCACACUCCUCUCCCCCAAAGGCAGCAUCUCAGAGGAAACCAAACAAAGACUUAAGAACGUCAUCCUGUCGUCUCAGUCUGCAGCCACAGUCAAAAAGGACACUCUGAGCCAGCCGGCCCUCGAGGUGCAGGAGACAUCCAGCCAAGAGUCGUCUCUGGAGAGCGAGUCGGACGAGGAGGACGAUUACAUGGACAUCUGAGCCCCAAGGCUUUCAUGUUGCACGCUGAAACCGAACAAGACUAGGCCUUUUGACUCUGCCAAAACCCUGUACCCAGGUCUUUAAAAAAAAAAAAAAAGGAAUGGUACACGUUACUGCAGCUGUCUUUCUUGAUGCUCUUGUUUCCUAUUGUGCAUUACAAAUUGUCUUUUUUUUUCCUUUUUUUUAUUUUAAA